CAAAAUCAACUCCUCUCUUUCUUCCCUCAAAUGUCCAGCCAGGCUACACCACUUGUUCCGAAGAUAACCUGUUUUGUUAUAAAUGAUCACUGGUAAUCUGUGAAGGAACAUGUUUUCUAUGUAUCGAGUUAACUUUCCUCAAUAACAUACUCUAGAUUCUCCCUCAGAAGAACCUUCCUUCCUUCAUCAGUUUUGAAUAGCAUCAAGAUUUUGGGAAUGCAUAUUGUUUAAUGGUACUACAUGGGACAUUAACAAUAGCAAUUCUCAAAGCAAAAAAGACAACAGUGCAUUAUUGUGCUCCUACUUUAAAAAUUCCAACAACAAUAAGUAAAAUCUCUGUUGAAUAUUAGAUUAAUACAUCAGAAAUGAAAUCUGGUUGUUGUCCUUCAAGCUACUGUACUUAAUUUUUAUAACAGAUUUAUUGGGUAAUUAUUUGUAAACAAUUUUGUGUUAAGAGUUGUGAAUUGAACACAUUGUCAGUACAGAACCAGACAGGACAAAAGGCUAAAAUGAAUCCAGAACAUUCUUUAGAAUUUCCUUUGAAAACUGAAACUGAAGGUGCAUUAGCACUACCUUCCAUAAAGCAAGAAAACAGCAACCUGGCUGCCUGUAGUGAAACAAGUGAUGGUGAGUUUUUGUCUCUGGAUCCAUUGAUGGACAUCAAAAUAGAGCCAGAGGAAUUCUGUGAAUCUAAUGAAGAUGGUGAAUAUUCAUAUGAAAUUAAUUCAGUAGUGGAUGAAAAACAUCCACAAACUUCCAAAGAGAAAGUAAAACAAGAAAGAGGGAUUGGUCACAAAGGAGACAAGCCUUUUAGAUCCACUGACUGUGGGAAAGCAUUUUAUAAGAAAAUUAAUCUUACAAGUCCUAUCACAAAUCCUACCAGAGAGAAAACAUCCAUGUGCAAUGACUGUGGGAAAGCAUUUUUUAGGAAAUCAGAUCUUAGAGUUCAUAUGAGAAUUCAUACUGGAGAAAAGCCAUUCAUAUGCAAGGAGUGUGGGAGAGCAUUUUCCAAGAAAUCACAUCUUAGAGUUCAUAUGAGAAUCCAUAAUGGAGAAAAGCCAUUCAUAUGCAAAGAAUGUGGGAAAGCAUUUUCUAUUAAGUCAUCUCUUAAAGUUCAUAUUAGAAUCCAUACUGGAGAAAAGCCAUUCAUGUGCAAGGAAUGUGGGAAAGCAUUUACCAGGAAAUAUGAACUUCCAAUUCAUAUGAGAAUCCAUUCUGGAGAAAAGCCAUUCCUAUGCAAGGAAUGUGGGAGAGCAUUUUCUCAGAAAUCAAGUCUUACAAUUCAUAUGCGAAUCCAUUCUGGAGAAAAGCCAUUCAUGUGCAAGGAAUGUGGGAAAGCAUUUUACCAGAAACCAGAACUUAGAGUUCAUAUGAGAAGGCAUACUGGAGAAAAGCCAUUCAUGUGCAAGGAAUGUGGGAAAGCAUUUUCUCAGAAACCAGAACUUACAUAUCAUAUGAGAAUCCAUACUGGAGAAAAGCCAUUCAUUUGCAAUGAAUGUGGGAAAGCAUUUUCCAGGAAAGUAGUUCUUACAGUUCAUAUGAGAAUCCAUACUGGAGAAAAGCCAUUCAUUUGUAAUGAAUGCGGAAAAGCAUUUUCCCAGAAAGCAGAACUUAGAAGUCAUAUGAGAAGGCAUACUGGAGAAAAGCCAUUCAUAUGCAAGGAAUGUGGGAAAGCAUUUUCUCAGAAAUCAAGUCUUACAAUUCAUAUGCGAAUCCAUUCUGGAGAAAAGCCAUUUAUGUGCAAGGAAUGUGGGAAAGCAUUUUCCAAGAAAGGAGAUCUUCUAAUUCAUAUGAGAAGCCAUACUAAAAAACCUGAGAAAAUGUCUUCAGGCAAUACCAAGUUGCCCAAGUAUAAGUGAGGUGCAGAUUACUGCCCUCAAAGGAACGUUAAACAUAUUGGAAAGAGCCCUCAGAUAUAAGGCUAGUGGAAUAUAGAGGUGCAAUCAUAGACCCCAGCUUGGGGCCCAUUGUACCCCUGAUAUAAAUUGAAAAUUAAGAAAAACAUAAGCCAGAGAGAAAAUCCAUUCAUGUGCAAGGAAUUUGGAAAAUCAUUUUCCAAUAAACAAGAUCUUACAAUUUAUAUGAGAAUCCAUACUGGAGAAAAGCCAUUCAUGUGAGAGGGACCAAAAGAAACCAAAAACAAUACCAAUGUGUUAAAUGGUCCCAUAAGGAGAAGAAAAUCCUCCUCUUCUGCCACACCUACUCAAGGUAUGAUGGGUUGGCAAGAAGUAAGAAUCUAGUAUUCCAGGAAAAAAUAAAGGAAGCAGAUUUACCAGGUGAAAAGGAUGUAGCCAGCACAACGAGAUUUUCAACAUCAAUAGUCUCACAGAUUCAUAAAUAUAUCCCAGAAGAAGAAAUGGAAAAGAUAAAAGCCAAGUCAAAAGCUAAGAGUGACUAUGAAAAAAAAGAAGCAGGUGAACAACAGGAAUACAGAAGAAGUAUUUGGAACAGAGAAGAACAGGUAUUGAUAUGGGCAAUGGAGUAUGCCAAAGAAAAGUUUACAAGACUAAGAGAAAGAUGUAAUGAAUGUCAGAGAAUAUUCCAUCACCACUGCCCAAAUAAAAUUGACAUACCAAGAGCAAAGCUGACCAUCCAGAAAUCCAAUUUCUUCAGCUAAAAGUAUUUUUAGAGAAGAGGAAAUUGAAAAGAUGAAGGAGAAAGUUAAGAACAUGGUAAAAAAAAAGAAAAAAAAAAUUUGGCUCAUUGAGGAGCCCUUGCCACUGCCAAGAGACAACAUUGUGGUAACCACAGAUCAAAUCCAACAAAGAUCAGCACCAUUAAUGCCUCAGAGUGUAGCGUUUGGGUGUGUUGCGGGCUAGACUGAAUGGAAGUCUUACAUGAAUCUUUAUUAUGUAACCAAAAUUCUUCGAGUUUUGCCCACCUAUUUAGUUUAGAACUUGUCACCAAACUUGAAGUGGUGUUUUGGGACUUAUAGUAAAUUGUUAGUACUGACUACCUGUGAGAAAUAUGCUUGUGCUGGGAAAAUGGGAAGCACGACCCUCCUCUUAUUCUGAGAAGUAGCAAGACGACCGAGGAAAAAUGACGCCAAGCAGGAUAAUGAAGCAUCCUCUUUUGUUCGUCCCAGCAACAAGGACACUAUACUCUGUUUUUUUCCAUCUGUCCAUCCGCCUGUGGUGUUUGCGUAUGGUAACACUGCGUCCUGGGCUUUAAAUAGUUACGCUAUGUGUAAGUUUUAGGUAAAUAAAAGGGUAUCUGGGUGUACAUUUGCAACUGAAAAGUGUUUUAAUAAUUUACUGUAUGCGAAUUACACCAUUAAUAUUCGAAAUAGGAUAAUAUUUAAAGCCCGGGACGCAGAGUUACCAUGCGCAUACACCACUGGCGUACGGACAGAUGGAAAAAAACAGAGUAUAGUUAUCCAGACUACUUAUAGCAUUUCAUAAUUAAUGGUGUUAUAUACAGUAAGAAAAUGUGAUUUUGUUUGAGUGAGCUUAAAGAUGUUUAAAAAGGAAGCUGUCAUAACAGUACUUUUAUGACAUGAACAUAAAUUGCUUUUACACUUGUUGAUGUUACCAAAGACAGACCCUAUUGUAGACCCCCUUGUGCUGGCCUAGUUGAAUUCGUAAGUAGGAAAACUCAGAGUUUUAUUUGUCCUCUCAGGCAACAAAUUCUGGAGUGGAGUGCGAGUCUCAAGGGUGAAGUUCUCACUCAAGGCCAAGGGUGAAAUAAUAGAUUCCAGUCCCUUGUUUGUGAGAAGUGCAGGGUUCCUAAUAGCCUAUUUGUCUGAGGAGAACCAUGCCACCUGCAGCAGGACAGGACUGCCAAAGAGUGAAAGCAUUUCACAGAGUAUAUUAUACCCAGGAUUCUUGUAAAAAGGUGUCAGAGUAAGAUGAUAUUAUACCUGGGAUUCUUGUAAAAAGGUGUCAGAGUAAGAAGAUGAUAUUAUGCCCAGGAUUCUUGUAAAAAGGUGUCAGAGAGAGAACAUAAUAUUAUACUUAGGAUUCUUGUACAAAGGUGUCAGAGUAAGAAGAUAAUAUUAUACCCAGGAUUCUUGUAAAAAGGUGUCAGAGAAAGAAGAUAUUAUACCCAGGAUUCUUGUAAAAAGGUGUCAUAGUAAGAAGAUAAUAUUAUACCCAGGAUUCUUGUAAAAAGGUGUCAGAGUAAGAAGAUAAUAUUAUACCCAGGAUUCUUGUAAAAUGGUGCCAGAAUAAGAAGAUAAUAUUAUACCCAGGAUUCUUGUAAAAUGGUGCCAGAAUAAGAAGAUAAUAUUAUACCCAGGAUUCUUGUAAAAAUGUGUCAGAGUAAGAAGAAGAUAAUAUUAUACCCAGGAUUCUUGUAAAAAGGUGUUAGAGUAAGAAUAUAUUAUAGCCAGGAUUCUUGUAAAAAGGUGUCUGAGUAAGAAGAUAAUAUUAUAGACAGGAUUCUUGUAAAAAGGUGUCAGAGUAAGAAGAUAAUAUUAUAGCCAGGAUUCUUGUAAAAAGGUGUCAGAGUAAGAAGAUAAUAUUAUACCCAGGAUUCUUGUGAAAAGGUGUCAGAGUAAGAAGAUGAUAAUAUAGCUAGGAUUCUUGUAAAAAUGUGUCAGAGUAAGAAGAUAAUAUUAUACCCAGAAUUCUUGUAAAAAGGUGUCAGAGUAAGAAGAUAAUUUUAUACUGAGAUUCUUGUAAAAAGGUGUCAGAGAAAGAAGAUAAUAUUAUACCCAGGAUUCUUGUAAAAAGGUGUCUGAGUAAGAAGAUAAUAUUAUACAAGGAUUCUUGUAAAAAGGUGUCAGAGUAAGAAGAUCAUUUGCUGAGGUAAAGGUUAAGUAUGUAUUGGUAACUGGUGUUUUAUUAGGACGUCUGAAUGUAAAAGCUAAGUCUUGUGUCUGGAAAAAUUCCGUUAAGUUGUCUUUGUGGUAACCUAACUUUGGAGAAAACUUUAUUUCUUUUUGUGCUGCCCCAAGAGUUUUUUUUUUUUUUUCUGAGCGAUGAUGUAACUAAUGUAUUUUCUUCUGUCUGGGACCAUUGUAAGGUAAGGUUAAUGUUGAGUUCAGUAGGUAUUAUUGUGAUCAUUGCUAAGUGUACUUCAUUUACCAAGUGAAGGCCUUUUGUUUUAUAUACCUUUGAAGGAAACUAAAUGCAAUUUACCAUAUAUAAACAAAAUUUAUAUUAGUACUUUUGCAAGUUUGUUAUUUACAAAAAAAAAAUAUAUUGAAAACAAGCGGAAUUAUCAGUCUGUUAUCAUAAACUUAUGAAAAAUUACAUACUGUACGUUUGCAGUUUGUCAGCCAUUUGCAAUGAGUGGUAGUGUUAAUAGAGGUACGACAUAAACGUUGUUUAUUUAAGGUAAAUUUCAUUAGGUUCCAUCAAAGACGAUUAUAAGGUUGCAUAUGAUUUCACACUUUAUUCCAGCAACACAAUUACACUUAUAAUUAAGCUUGUUUUUCAAUGUUUUAUUAUUAGCAACAAAUUUUGUGCUUAUCCACCGUGCUAGCCUUAGGCGUAGGCGAUGUCGCUCAGUCUCCCAUCCGUAAUAUGGCUGCAUUGGGAGCAGGGGAGAAUUUUGCUAGAUUUGUUGAUAACAUGUAAAUUACUCCUCUACAACCAAUCAUAUCAAUAUGUACUACUGUAGUAUCUGGUUACGACCUUUCUGUUGCAUUGUGCAUGAUCAUACAAUAACAAGAUAAUGU